AUGAAUCCUAAGCAACGAGACUCGGUUUACUCUCGAGGAUCACAACGGUACAACUCCUACCAUGACCUCCCCGUACCAAGUUCGGCCCCUGGCUCGGUCUAUUAUAGCCCAAAUACUGUGAAUCGGAGCUUUGAAUCUCUAGCACAAGACACUAUUCAACCUCCCCCACCGCCUGUAUAUGCUCGAUAUGAUCCUAGAUCUGAGCCUGGGCCUUCCGUACCCAGAUCUUCAUUUCACUCCUAUUCUUCAAGUCAAAUAUCAGAACUUGAAAAGGACCUUCCUCCCCUUCCCGGCUACACUCAACUCGACGCGAAAACUACAGUGUCGGAAGACGGCCGUCUUAAUGUAUCAUUCGGGAACCGAAUGUCUAAAGCCUUUCCAGAGUCGUAUGGCAAGCCGGUUCAUGAAGUUGGAAUCGACGAAGCUGGAUUUCGAGAUGCUCCUCGUAUGAACGUUAAUAUCAUGAUUGUGGGCAGCCGAGGCGAUGUUCAACCAUAUCUCGCUCUCGGAAAGAGGCUCCAACGAUAUGGCCACCAAGUCCGCCUCUCUACCCACGAAACCUUUCGAAAAAUGGUCAAAGACGCCGGAUUACGAUUUUACAACAUCGGAGGGGACCCUCACGAACUCAUGAGUUACAUGGUCCGGAACCCUGGGCUUAUACCUGGUAUUGAGAGCCUGAAGAAUGGGGACAUUGGCAAGAAACAGAAAAUGAUUGGAGAGAUGCUCGAGGGAUGUUUUGCGUCAUGCUUUGCCCCGGAUCAUGGGUCCAACGAAGAAGCUGGAUUUGCGGCCGAUGCAAUUAUAUCGAACCCGCCGACGUUUGCGCACAUUCAUUGUGCAGAAGCUCUGGGUAUACCAUUACUGCUGUCUUUUACCAUGCCCUGGUGUCCUACGGCAUCCUCUCCGCAUCCAUUGGUCAAUAUCAGACAGAGCGAAAGUACCGAGCCCACUAUGGCAAACUACUACUCUUAUGGCUUGGUUGAUAUAAUGACCUGGCAGGGUCUUGGUCGUACCAUCAAUAAAUUCCGGAUGAAGCGCUUGGGACUGGAGUAUCUUUCUACUACUUCUGCCGUAGGAAUGAUCGAGCGAUGUGCUAUUCCAUGGACAUACUAUGUCGUAGGGUUCUAUUUCCUCGACUUGGCGUCAGAUUAUAAACCUCCCGAUGACUUGAUCGAAUUUCUUAAGUGCGGAGAACCACCAGUGUACAUUGGUUUUGGAUCUAUAGUCUUGCAAAAUCCACAAGAAAUGACCAGGGCAAUCCUCUCGGGCAUUGCUCAAACUGGCGUAAGAGCCAUAAUCUCUCCAGGAUGGGGAGGGUUGGAUGAGGACUUGAUCAGAUCUGCCGGACCACAUAUAUUUGCGCUCGGGAAUGUCCCCCACGACUGGCUUUUCCAGCACGUUAGCGCUGUUUGUCACCAUGGAGGGGCCGGAACGACCGCCAUCGGGCUCAAAUGCGGCAAACCUACCAUCAUUGUUCCGUUCUUCGGUGACCAGCCUUGGUGGGCUACUCAGAUUGCCCGUCGUGGAGCCGGUCCGCCUCCGUUGGAUUCUAAAAACUUGACGGCCGCAGCGUUUGCAGCGGCGCUCCGAAUGGCCUUGUCCCCGGCCACGUUGAAAGCUGCGGAAGUAGUUGGAGAGAUGAUAAGGCAAGAGGAUGGUACUCAAAACGGCCUAGAUUCUUUCCAUAGGCACAUGCCUCUGCUAAAUAUGCGGUGCGACCUCGACCCGACACGAACCGCAGUCUGGUAUUCGUCCACUCAUAAAAUGAGGCUGAGUGCAUUUGCGGCACAAGUACUUUCUGAAUCCGGGUACAUUGAUAUCAACAAACUCCAGCUACACCGAUCUCGCGAAUACGUCACGCAAAUCGAGGCUUUCGACCCCGUUUCUGGCACGCUUUCACCUGCAAUGAAAAUUCUAGGCGAUUUUGGUCGAGGAGUAUCGAAAUUACCGACCCGGCCUGAUAAAGGGGUGGCUCAGAUCAUAGGGGCAGGAACACUUGGAGCAACAAAUACGUUGAAAGGAACCGCUGACGGGUUUACCAAUCUACCAAAACUUUAUGGUGGGCAAGUUCGUGAGACGAAAAAGGUGAAUGGGAUUGGAUCCGGCGUGGUUGAGGGCACCAAGAGCUUGCUAUUUGGCGCCUAUGACGGUGUCAAUGAUUUUUUCAGAGAACCCGUGCGCGGAUAUAAGGAGAAUGGAAUUUUGGGAGCCGCAGCUGGAGUAGCUAAAGGGACCCUGAGCGUGACGACGAAACCUCUUGCUGGUUCCCUACAGUUCGUUUCAAAGCCACUUGAAGGAACAGCUAAAGAUAUCUGUUCGCUGUUUCGAAAGCAAGUAGGCAAGGAGCGGAUUGCUGCGCGAUAUGCUGAAGGUACUUUGUUGGUGAGGAGGGCCAGUCAAAAGGAGAAGGAAAUGAUUAUUCAAGCAUUCAUGGAGCGGGGGUCUAUGAUGGGGUCAGCCAACAAAGGGAAAGGGAAAGGGAUAUGGUGA